AUGGAUUUUCUUCUUUAUCUUAGAUUCGUUGUAUUUGCUGGUCUAAUCUGGCUUUUUUCCACUGUUCUCUACAAUUUGAGGUUUCAUUCAUUGAGUGGCUAUCCUGGACCGUGGUAUACUAGAGGAUCACGACUUUGGUAUAUUUUCAAAGUCUUCCAAGGAUGUCAUAAAAUUGCGAUUAAAGAACUCCAUGACCAAUACGGAUUGGUUGUGAGGAUUGCACCUAAUGAACUUUCAUACAUUGACCCUAAAGCAUGGAAUGACAUCUAUGGUAAAGACAAUACCCUUUGA